GACUAUGCUGCUGUCACUCCCAGUCUGAGAGAAACAGCCGACUACACUACAUCACAGGCUUCGGAUAAUCUGUAGAAAUGUCGCGGGCAGCGGACCGACUCAAAGCCGUCCUGAAUCAUCUCGAUCCAUCCUUGGCUGGCGUCCGAGCUUCAAAAACUUCUGGACAAACCAUCACUCACACCUACCAACCCCACAAUUUGAGGUACACAAAUGACAACGACUUGCUGUCCCUGGAUCAGCGUCUUUUCUACGAAAAAAAUGGUUUCGUGGUGAUUAAGAAUUUGGUGUCCAAGGAGGACAUCGACAGGUUCAGGGGUGCAUUUGAGCGUAUCUGCCGUCGAGAGGUGAGUCCGCCUGGGCUGUUGGUUAUGAGGGAUGUAGCGAUCGCCAACUCAGAGUUCGUCCCGGAUCAGAAGGCUGUGACCAAGAUCCAGGACUACCAGGAAGACCCAGAACUGUUCCGCUACUGCACCUUACCAGAGGUCCUUCAGUAUGUGGAGUGCUUCGUGGGCGAGGACAUCAUGGCCAUGCACACCAUGCUGAUCAACAAGCCCCCGGACGCAGGGAAGAAGACGUCCCGCCACCCGCUGCACCAGGACCUGCACUACUUCCCCUUCCGCCCCGUGGAUAAGAUUGUGUGCGCCUGGACGGCUAUGGAGCGCAUCACCCGUCAGAACGGCUGUCUGGUGGUCCUCCCCGGGACCCACACCGGAACCCUGAAGGAGCACGACUACCCGGAGUGGGAGGGUGGGGUGAACAAGAUGUACCACGGCGUGCGGGACUUUGACCCCGACCUACCCAGGGCCCACCUGGAGAUGGAGAAGGGGGACACCGUGUUCUUCCACCCACUGCUGAUCCACGGCUCCGGGAUGAACCAGACCACCGGCUUCCGCAAGGCCAUCUCCUGCCACUACGCUAGCGCUCAUUGUUUCUACAUAGACGUGAAGGACACCACCCAGGAGAACAUCGAGGAGGAGGUUAGGCAGAUCGCAGAACGGAAGUACGGCGUGACCGACGCCAUCCGAUUCCAGGACACGUGGGCCCUACGAGGCCGCUUGGUGAAGGGAGAACGGGUUUCCCUCUAAGGCCCCGGCAGCGUCCUGGAAGCUCUGGGGGUGACGACUUCUCCUCAUUAGAUGAUAACGAGAUGAUGUGAAGUCCACUCACACACACACGCCACUCGUGCGUCAGCAGGGAUUAAUAAUUGUAAAUCCUUCCUUUCGUUUAAAUCAAAAGGGACAGGGUUUAAUAAUGAUGAUGACGAUGAUGAUGAUAAAGGCACUUUAAUAUAUCUUCGAUUAUGGUCUGUUCACACUGCUGAAAAAUAAUGACUUUGAAUUGAAAAUGCCAGUAUAGUGUUGAAUGUGUAUAAGAUUGGUUGGGGUGUUUCCCAAGGGAUGGUUUUCUUAUUAUUUUCAAUUAAAUUAAAGCUAUUUUAUUUUAUUUCUCUAAGAUGACAGCUCAACAAAAGACUUUGUAUGUGUACGAGAAAAACAGUCAG